AUGGCUUCAUCGUCCGAUCCGCGACGCCGCGACAACUCUUCCGAAUCAUUCGAAGACAAUCUUGCAAACAAUCUCCAGCUUUUGAGCUUCCUCGAAGCCAUCGCGGACGACGAAACCUCGUCCGCUGCCCCUCAACCUGCAGGCGGCCAUCUUGGACCUGCCGAUGGCGAGCUGAAGCGAAUGCUCUCGCUUCACAGCGUCAUCUGUACGGCAUCUUCAGAUGCCAAACACUACACCGCUGCUCAACAGCGCGAUAGCGAGUCAUUCAAGAAGAUUGGUGCCGGUGCCUGUGGGAUCAUCUUCUGCCAAGAGGGAAAGUCUCUCGUCGUCAAAUUUGCGAAAGCUGGAUAUCAGCCUGAUCUGUUCAACGACUUCAAGAGCCACUCGACAAUCCAGGCCGGGUUCGAAGCGUACGGUACCGGGGAUGUCAAGAUUCCGGCUUGUCUCUCCUUUGUUCCGAGCGACGAUCCAAUUUUCUUCGACUGCCGCCCUACCCUCCUCGAGGCAGCUCAAUCCCAGUGCGAUCUCCCGACUUGCGCUGUUGUCACUGAGCGAAUUUGGCCGCUUCCAGAGGCUACGCGAACUCUGCUCAUCGAACGAUACUGCGCGAACCGGAACAAGGAGAACGCCUUGGCCGACCAAGCCAACAAAGACUGCUUGGUACGGCCUUAUCUUGGUUCAUCGCGCGGCAGAAGCAGCGCGAUGUUCUUCUCCCUGAGGAACUUCAAAAUGCACCUGAAUCAAAUGAUGGAGAUCCAGCUGGACGUUGUGGAGAUGGCUCGUAGGAUGGCUGUCGCCAUGGCAAUCAUGCACUGGGCCGCAAAGACAGAUGCCAGGGACGUGGAAUUUGUCCUUGGGAGUUCAACGCUGAAGAAGCCGUCUGGCGCCGAAAAUCGCGACCUCGCGAAUCAGAACGGGCCGCACCGAUACAUCGGGCCACCAUCGCGCCUGGAUGAGGAUUUCUACCAUCGGACCACCGAGCUUUGGAUUCUGGACUUCAACCAAGUCAGACCCAUUACCAUGGAUGCAGCAGGUGUCGCUCAGGCCGUGCAGGCUGCGACAAUCAAUGACCCCUAUCUGCCCAAGCCUCUUCAAUCGUCCGCAGCUGAGAUCAAGGUUUGGAAUGCCUUUGUCAAAAGCUACUUGACCACUUCCCGCCGCAUCCUGGAGGACCAUGGUGAGGGUGGGAUGGCUCUGCCAGGCAUGUUUUUGCAGGGGCUCAUUGACGUGCAGAGGGAGAAGCAAGCAUGA